GAAAACAUUUUUUUUCAUCUUUUUUUUCCUGAGUAGGUAGGUCAGGUCUUUUUGAAGAGAGGGGGUGUAUGUCAGUGUGAUGCUCCAGUGAGCUGAUUCUUUGUGCAUGAAAUGAUUUGACAUCCUCGCGACCACCGAGUGAGCCCGAACGCGCAUUUCUCUGUUUGUCCGUCCAGGGAGGGAGAGUGAGAGUGAGAGAGAGCGAGAGAAAACAGAGAGAGAAAGAACGAGCGCGUCAGAGAGAGAUACAGAGAGAGAAUAAGCAACUUUGUUAGCAGGCACAGCCGUGUCUCCUCCGGCACAGCGUGUUGAAAGAGAAGCAUUUGGCAGUUAUGGUUGAUCAGCGUUUCUGUCAUCCUCUCUCAGUGACGGCGAAUGGCGUUAGAACAGAUCCUGCUUUUUUGAAGGACAUUUUUUGAAUCUUGUUUUGAAGGAUUAAACAUUAAAAGAAUGCCUGAGCACUUGAAGACCCAACAGCUUCAUCAAUGUGCGUGAGAUGACACUGAGGAUUCCUUAGCAGGACUGCACGCUUGGCCACCAUUUGCAGGAAAAUGCAGCUUUGGAUUCCUUAUGUUUUGCUAAGUGCAACAUCAGUGUGCACUGUUGAGAUGGCUGGCAAUUAUGGUGAAAUAUGUCAAGACCUGUGUGCCUGUGAGGAGCGAGAAGGGAUCCUUACAGUCAGCUGCGAAAACAGAAGAAUUGCAACGCUGUCAGCCAUAAGCCCGGUGCACUCCUCCCAGUAUCACCUGCUCCUCAGUGGAAAUCUUUUGAAAAAGCUAUCUGUCAAUGAUUUUGUUGAAUACAAAGGACUGACAAUCUUACAUCUUGGGAAUAAUGAAAUAUCUGAUGUUCAAGCGGGAGCAUUUAAUGGACUUCAGGGAUUAAAACGAUUACAUCUGAACAAUAACAGAAUCGAUGCCCUGAAGGAAGAGUUUUUCCUGGGUCUGGAAAGUUUGGAAUACUUACAAAUUGAUUACAAUUACAUCAGUCAUGUGGAGACGAAUGCCUUCAGCAGACUUCGACAUCUGGAGGUCCUGAUUCUAAAUGACAAUUUGAUCUCGAGUCUGCCUGUAAACAUCUUCCAGAAUGUUCCAUUGACUCAUUUAGACCUGAGGGGGAAUCAGCUCAAAGUGCUGCCCUACACUGGUCUGCUGGAGCACAUGAACAGCGUAGUGGAGUUACAGCUGGAGGAGAAUCCGUGGAACUGCUCCUGUGAGCUGAUUGCUCUUAAAACCUGGCUUGAAAGCAUAUCCUACACAGCCUUGGUUGGAGAUGUUGUUUGCGAGUUCCCCUUUCGGCUUCACGGGAGGGACCUCGAUGAGGUUUCAAAGCAGGAAUURUGCCCGAGGAGAGCCAUMGCUGAAUAUGAAAUGCCGCCUCCGCCGCAUUUGAGCACUGAUGCAUACCGUAGGACCACGCCAGCUCUAGUUGCAGCCUCCUUCACCUCAUCUGGAGUUGCAAGAUCCUCGUCGAGACCCACUAAAGGGCCCCGGCAGUCAGCCAAACUGAAAUCCAGACCCACUGCCCGCGUCCCGUCCAACAAGCCACAGAAUUAUGGUCAAAUUGUUUCAUAUCAGACCAAAUCUCCUGUGCCUUUAGACUGCCCGACUGCCUGCACCUGCAAUCUGCAAAUUUCAGACCUCGGCCUGAAUGUGAACUGCCAGGAAAGAAAAAUUGAACAAAUAUCUGAUUUGAACCCAAUGCCAUACAAUCCCAAAAAGAUGUAUCUCACAGGGAAUUACAUACCSGCAGUGCAUCGAUCAGAUUUCACUGARGCAACCGGGUUAGAUCUGCUUCAUCUUGGUAACAAUCGAAUAGCUGAUGUAGAUGACAGAGCGUUCGGUGAUUUAAUACAUCUAAGAAGACUUUAUCUUAAUGGUAAUUUGAUAGAACGUCUCACAGCUGAUAUGUUUUAUGGAUUAGAGAGCCUGCAGUUCUUAUAUUUAGAGUACAACGUAAUUAAGGAGGUAACUGCUGAUACUUUCCAGCAUGUACCUAAACUUCAGCUUCUGUUUUUAAACAAUAACCUCUUGAAAACAUUACCAGAGGGUACAUUUAAUGGAUUGACAUUAGCUAGACUGAAUCUUCGCAAUAAUCAUCUACGUUAUCUGCCAGUUGGGGGUGUACUAGAUCAACUGACUGCGCUCGUACAAGUCGAUUUGUAUGAGAAUCCCUGGGAUUGCACUUGCAGUAUUUUAGACUUGAGGAUGUGGUUGGAGCAGCUUAGCACAGGAACCGUGGUGAACAAUGUCAUCUGUGGCUCCCCCAAGAAGCUGGCUGGGGAAGACAUGAGAUACAUUAGGACAACUAAUUUCUGCCCUAAUAACUCUGAUGUGCUUGUUUCCAUGAUUCCACCCUCGGAAGAAUCGUUCCCGGGCAGCACCAUCACUAUAGAAAUGUCCUUGGACUCUGACCCACAAUACAGCACCAUUCCUUUAUCUGUGAUGAUCCUGGCUCUCCUCAUCAUGUUUAUUUUGUCUGUGUUUGUGGCUGCCGGAUUGUUUGUGGCAAUGAGAAAGAGACGUCAGAAGACUCAGAACGAGCAGAAUAACUCCAUGAACGCUUGCAUCAGCUCUCUGAACAUGGAAUACGGCCUUUACAAAAAGGGAUCCAUUCCCAAAGUCAGAACAUCGGAUGGACAUGUAUACGAGUACAUCCCACCCCCAACAGAGUCCACAUGCAGGACUGCUGCACAAACCCCUAUGGACAGCAAAUCAGUGGAUGGCUUUCGAGACUUUGACGAGCUGAGUGGCGCUUUUCUGGGCAACUCGGAUGAAGAGGCAGCCAGUAAUGUGAUAAGCUCAGAAUACAGCGCCACCACUUCAGAACCUCUCAACAAGCCCUCCACCCCUUACCGAGAUGAUCAGCGCUACUACAGAGACGUACUUGAGCCUGACAAGAACAGACGCUACAGCAAUACAUUACCUUGCAGGCACGGAGCCCAUUCAUCAACUCAGUAUACCUCAGACUUUGAUGCAAGGCAUCAAUAUGUGCAUCCAGAGAGAAUACAGCAAACAAUACUCUAUUGUACAUCGCCGAGUUCUGUUUAUGUGGAGCCUAACAGGAGUGAGUACUGGGAACUGAAAGCGAAACUCCACAUYGACCCAGACUACCUGGAGGUUCUGGAAAAACGAACUACGUUCACGCAGUUUUAAGAGACUCGUCCUCCAGAUGGUCAACGAGGAUUAAUGUGCAUUAUUUAUUCAUUUCAGUCAUGACUCACAAAAUGUUAUGCAUUUCUGGGAAUCGUGGUUUACAAAGUGACGGAUUAUCGAAGGGUAUUACUCAUUUUUAAAGCAACACCUCACACUCUUUUGCUGCGUGGUUUGAAAGUUUAGUUUAAAUGUGUAAAAUGUGAAGCAGAAACAACAGAUUCUGGGCUGUCAUGACUCAUCCAAUCAUUAAAGGGAUCCUGGAGCUGUAUUAUUGACAAUAAUGUGAGAUUGAGCUUUAACUCUAACAUUAGAUGCUGUUUUGUGAACCGUUCAGAUGACCUGUUCUGUUUAACAGAAAUACAUGUGAAGCUAACAUUUCUGUCCGUUUUUAUACUUUAGAGGGGUUGGGGGUCUCAUCGGGUGGAAAGAAAAUCACAAAUCACAGUUUAAUGGCAAAGUAAAUGAUUUUACUUUGGCAGAUUUGGAAGAAACUUUCAUGAAAAUGUAGUUGUACUACAUAAACUCUAGAAGAUCAGUGGCAAUACCUCUAAACCUCCUCAUCUGCAAACCAGCAGUUUUGAAUUAUGUUGAUUCUCUAAGUUCAAAAAUCCAACUCAAAAAUAUGUUGUUACCAGUAGAAUACAUUCAGUGCUGUUCUGAAAGGAAAAAAAAUUAAAAAGUUUGUUUUAUUUGUAGCUCUCACCUGUUUAUUACAAUUUGUACAAAUGUAGUUUUUGCUAUUUUACACAAACAUGUAACUACAUUUUCAAUAUAUUCUUGUAACAACACCAAAGCAGUCUAAAAACUGAAUUUAAAAAGAAUAUGCAAACUUGGAUUCCCAAAGGGGAGCAACAAAACACAACUUUAAGUUAUUUUAAUUUUAUACAACCUGUUUUUUUAUUAUUAUAUAUCAGAUUACAUUUAUAGCUGCAUUACAACAUUACAACAAAUCAAAACUUUAUGGCACAGUAAAAGUCGUAAGUCUCACAGAAUUCCACCAAAGCGUGUAAUGGACCUGUCGGCAAAAUUCAAGAUAUCAUGUCAGUGUCAAGCUGUUCUUUGAUAAGGGUGCAAAGACUAUACAAUYUGCCCAGUCUUAUCACAAAAAGAAAAGACAGAAGAAAAAAUGGAUAAAAUGUCAAAAUUGAUGGUGCAAGUUUCUCAUUCACCAAACGUUGUUUUUUAAAUAAACCUCRUCCACUGAAUUUAAAUCCAUACAACAGAAGUUAAAUUGUGAUCCAAAUAUAACAGAUGUACAGUCCCCAUCCCCCACCAAAUAGCUAAAUAAAUAAAACAAUCAUUUCACAUGUAACCAAAACCCCAGCCUUCUAUAAAAAAGUCUUGUGUUUUAUUUAUUUGUUUCUUUAUUCCCUAAAUAGGAAAUGAGAUAUGGUUGUUGAUUAAGUUCAUAAUAAUAAUGUUUUUAGGGUUGUUUCAUCCAGAAUGACGUAAAUUCAAGAAGCUUCACUCAAACUCCUACAAAUAAAACCAUCAAUUUCUGAGACAUUGAAAUGUGUGAUCCUGUUAAAAAGUUGUGUAUUUAAAACAAAUAAACAAACAAACAAGCACACACACACACACACACACACACAC